AUGUCCCCCGAGCGCGAGAAGAAGAGCGCGAGCUGCGACCGCUGCCGGAGCCGGAAGGUCAAAUGCCAGCUCCUCAACGACGACGAGCUUGAGCAGGAUCAUGUGCGGGGUGUCGGCGAGAGGUGUCGAGGAUGCUUCGUAGCUGGGAUGGAGUGUACACACCAUUACGUGCACAAAAAGCCUGGUCGGCCACUUGGGAGUGGUCGGCGACGCACACCCGCACCCGCACCAACGGACUCUGCAGGCGUCCCGCUCGGACUCGAUCUUGGUAGAGGACCAGCGUCAGGGAGUAUCUUCGGGAGCGCUCGGACUGCCCUGUACCCCUACUCCAUUGAGGCGCCGCUUGAGGUCCGACUCUCUGAGUUGGCUGAGGUUGCCGCCGCGGAGCUCUUCCCGCCCGUUACAGCCGCCCUACCAGCUCCCACGGGCGCCGCCCUCGUCUCUUCAGUCCACGCCUUCUCUGGCCACACCACUCCCCUCCACUCGACUCACACCACACCAGCUCCACCGGACCUCACACCAGCCCCACAAGAACCCCUAUCCCUGCCGUUGGGUCCGACUCCCGAUGCUGACCCGGACGGACACAGCCUCGACGCCGUGCUCCCCUGGCCGGAUGCAUGCCACUUCCUCGCCCUCUUUCUCCGGGACCAGCACUGCGUCGUGCCCGUCGUCCACAAGCCGAGCUUUGCGCUUGACCUCCUCAACCGGCGUGACCGCACUGAUGAGGCGUUCCGCGGCCUCCUCUGCUCUAUGGUGGCAUUCACGAUCUGUCAGUGUCCCAUCUCCGUCAUGACAGGCGCAUACGAGCGCGGGCGCUUAGUCGAAAUCCUGUACCGGUGCAUCAAGGCCACCGACGCUGUGCGGUACAGACAACGUCUGUUACCGAGCCUGGAACUGCUCGCCUCGACCCUGCUCGACUGGAUCACGGCGCAGGCGGUUGGGCGGCCCGUCGCCGACCUCAUCGUCGCUGAAGCCACGCGCCUCGCCCACGCGCUCAACCUCAACGAGACGCAGCCGCUCAACGCCGACCCAAUUGAGAUGCAGAUCAGGAGGAGACUAUACUGGAUCAUGUACGCCAAAGACAAGACUGACGCGCUUUCGGGCCGCCCAAUCAUCCUUCACGACUUUGAAGGCGUGCCGCCCCACCCGCUCCUCGUGGACGACGAGUACCUCACAUCAGCAGGGCAUCUGCCUCAACCAGACGGCCGACCGAGCAUCAUGGUCGGCUUCGUCUCCAUCCUCCGAAUCUUCCAGGUCGUCUCUGGGUGUGUUGCCCGCCACAGGGCAUUUGCAAACAGGCCACGCAACGACGCGCGGGCCGAGGACGAGGACGACAUGGGUGAGUUCGACGAAGCUGCCUCGGUCCGUUGGAUCGCUGGUGCACAAGCGCGUCUACGGAGUAUACUCUCGGCUCUCCCACCCGCCCUCUGUAUGGACUUGCAAGUGAGCUGUGCGGCCGAACGCGCCGACCCAUGCAACUUCAGCCUCUUCCAGAUCCAGCAAGCCAAUAUCAGCAUCACUGCGUUAUGUGCGGAAUUUGCGCUGCUCGACUUCCGCGCCUGUCUCCGGCCGGACGAGGAUACGCGCUCGGAGCGCGAGGAGAUGGCUCGCAAAGCUUAUGCCACCCUCUCUGGUGUGCCUUUAGAGUUUCUUGCCUCCAACGGGGAGAGUAUGCGCGGAAAGGUUCUCAGGAUUAUCCUGGCGUUGUUGCAUACGGCUGCCGAGCCAGUCAACUUUAGCCAGAAUGUUUGGGACUGGUGGAACAUAUACUCGCGCGUACAGUUCCUCCAGGUCGUGCCCGACGAGGCGACGGUGUUGCUCGAGGGACAGGUGACCAGUGGGCAUGUAUGA